AGUGACUACAGGAAGUGUGGUGUUGUGUGUGUAUGUUUUUCAGGCGGUGGUGUAGCGAUUAAAGCUAGCUACAACAAAGUGCAACCAUAGGAGCUAACGUGAAGCUAGACCUACACCAGUUUGUCGGCAUGACGUCCCCGGCAAAGUUAUUUGAAAAAUAUGUUGGGUGACAUGUUUUAGUAUCUUUUUUUUUAAAUCAGAAAACGACCUCGCGGACUAAGCACUAGCUAGAAGCUGAGUAGUAUGCUGGACGUGGGAAAGUGGCCAGUGUUUGCACUUCUUCCUCCUGAGGAACUCCGGCUUAUCCGGCAGGCUUGUGUAUUUGGCAGUGCUGCAAAUGAAGCCCUCUAUGUCACAGUUAAUGAUGAGGUCUUUGCUUUAGGGACUAACUGUAGCGGCUGUUUAGGGCUUGGAGAUCUUCAAAGCACUAUUGAGCCACGCAGGAUUGAUGUCUUGUGUGGAAAGAAGAUUGUGUCUCUAAGCUAUGGAACGGGGCCACAUGUGGUUAUCGCCACUGCAGAUGGAGAAGUGUAUGCCUGGGGCCACAAUGGCUACAGCCAACUCGGAAAUGGCACCACCAACCACGGGCUGACCCCUGCCCUGGUGUCCACUAAUCUCCUCAGCAAGAGAGUGACAGAAGUGGCCUGUGGCUCCCACCACACUAUUGCCCUCACAACUGAUGGAGAGGUGUACGCGUGGGGUUACAACAACUCUGGACAAGUUGGUUCAGGUUCUACUGCCAACCAGCCGACACCGCGUCGGGUCAGCAGCUGCCUGCAAAACAAGAUUGUGGUAAACAUAGCCUGUGGACAGCUCUGCUCUAUGGCUGUACUGGACAACGGAGAGAUCUAUGGUUGGGGCUAUAAUUGCAAUGGACAGCUAGGUUUGGGCAAUAAUGGAAACCAGCAGACACCAUGCCGAAUCGCUGCCCUCCAGGGUGUAAACAUUGUACAGGUCGCUUGUGGAUAUGCACACACGUUGGCACUGACAGAUGAGGGAUUUGUUUAUGCUUGGGGUGCCAACUCAUACGGGCAGUUGGGAACAGGCAAUAAGAGUAACCAAGCGCUCCCCACUCCUAUAAACACAGACAAGGAGAGGAUAGUCGAAGUGGCUGCAUGUCACACCAGUCACACGUCAGCAGCCAAGACACAGAGUGGACAAGUUCUGAUGUGGGGUCAGUGUCGAGGUCAGGCUGUAGCCAGUCCCCAUCUCACACAUUUCAGCAGCACUGAUGAUGUGUUCGCUUGCUUUGCCACACCGGCAGUCACGUGGCACCUCCUCUCAGUAGAUGGUGAUGAUUACCUCACAGUUGCCCAGUCUUUGAAGAAGGAGUUUGACAGUCCAGAUAUUUCUGAUCUGAAGUUCUUGGUUGAUGGGAAGUGCAUCCAUGUUCACAAAGCUCUGCUAAAAAUCAGGUGUGAGCAUUUCCGAACACUGCUGAAUGAAUCUGACCAGGAUGCUAUAGAAAUUCAUCAGUUCUCAUACUUGGUGUACAGAGCCUUCUUGGAGUAUCUCUACACUGACACUAUAAACCUGCCACCAGAGGACGCUAUUGGGUUGCUUGACUUGGCCACGUUCUACCGAGAAACAAGACUGAAGAGGCUGUGCCAGGAAACGAUCAAGAGAGGCAUUUCUGAAGAAAACGCCAUCACUCUGCUCUCUGCUGCUGUCAAGUAUGAGGCGCGGGACCUGGAGGAAUUCUGCUUCAAGUUUUGUGUCAACCACCUAACGGCUGUCACGCAGACCCAGGCCUUUGCCGACAUGGAUCACGACCUGCUCAAGAACUUCAUUAGUAAAGCCAGUCGCUACGGGGCCUUCAAAAACUGACUACUGGGCCCCUGUUGUGAUGUAUUCAGCACAUUAAAGUUUAAUCUCAGUGACGAGAGUCCAUUCUAGACCAAAGUAAACACCCAGCAGAUCAGCGCCUCAAACACGUGGCACUAAGGAUGUAAAUACCUGAGAGGUAAAUGGUUUAAGGCCCCACUCACCAAGUGAUUCUUCUUUGUUACCGUUCUGAAGCUAGCCCAAACACGGUGCUUGGUUGGAACAUAGAUACAGGUUUAUGCCACUAGUCCUGUAACAAGCACACAAUGCUGAGGCUGAAUAAAAGGAUGUGCCACACUGGUCAAGGUUUACCAAGACAGCCAGUACGUGGACAUGUCACAGUAAUCAGCUUGGACUGGAUACCUGAAAAUGCUGAACAUACUAAACGUAAUCUGUUGUGAUAGAAUUGUUUGAUUUGGUAUUUGAAUCGUUUUUAUCAUGCUGCCCUUUUAACAGUUCCUAAUGCAAUCAGUAUGUUGUAAGUUAUCUGCGGUCAGCAUAGACAGGAUCUAAAAAUUAACCAAGUCAGCUAUACAUGAACUCUUCACAUUGUGCUGCUUUUCUUUGAAGCCUUCAUUCUAAAAUGUUCUGGAUUUGGAGGCAUUUUAUGAGGGAAACACAUGUAAAACUGCAACCUGUUUCCCCCCCAUUUGUUUUUGUUUUUAUCUGCUUUAUGAUUAUAUUUGUUAAGCUCUCAUAACAUAUUUUGCCACUUUUUUAAAGUUUCAGUUAUUCUUCAGUUCUUCAUAUACCAACUUGUGGUCUGACAUUUGUGUUCACUAACUUUUGCACUUUUUUGCUGUAGAAAGUUGUUUUUCCCACCAUAUGCUGACUGAUAGGAAAAGGAGCAGUGAGUGAAAAGAGAGCAUGCUAUUGCAUGUGUACUUGUACAGUUGUUCAGACUAACCCUCUCUAUGCAGCUGGAAACAAAGUGACUUUCACAAACGUGUUGAGUCUUGUGUACACUGUACAGUAGAUGCAGCUGAUUUUUUACAGCUGCAUUUCAUUGUAUGUUUACAGAUUUUUUUUGUUAAUUGUGUUUUUGUUUUUUUAAUUAUUGCUAUUCUUAACAUAUUGGCAGCAAGCUUCUGUUCCCUUUUUACAAGAUUUUUGCUUUUUUAAUAUGCAUCUCUGGAUAGUAAAUAGUUGUGCCAACUCACUUCGUUGGAGCUCAAGUCUAAUAAAGGGCCUCAUGGUCUUUAAAUGCA